AUGGAGAGAAUUCUUGAGAAAGAAUUCCAUUGGAAUCACCUACAUGCAAUGUCUUUGAGUAAUGCUUUUGUUGAAGCUUCUCGGUUGAUAGGAUUGUCUACUAUCAACCUUCGCUUCGAGGACGGCAAUCAUCUUCAAGUUGUUGUGUCAGGAAACCAAUCUAACGAUCUUGACCCACACAUCGUGGCAUCGUUGAAAGAUAUGAUUGAUGGUAACAAUGGUGUUAGGGACAUUGUCGUUGAGACACGCUCGAAUAAGCUUCAACGAAUCAGUGAGCUCCAUCCUCAUUACCUUCCUCUACAGUAUCCUCUUUUGUUUCCUUACGGGGAAGAUGAUUAUCGAGACGAUAUAAGUUUGAGAGAAUCUUCGCUUGCGGAUAAUAGAAAACGGAGGAAGGAUGGACUUAGGGUUGACAUGUACAAGGGUAUCGAAGACAAAAUUUUUAAAGAAGACACCGAGGGUAAAUCGAUUGGACAACGCAUUAUAAUUUCAGGGUCGUUCACCGCAGGUCCAAGAUAUAUGUUUAACAACUUCGUUGAUGCUCUUCAAAUAUAUAAUUGGAUUGAAUUUCGAACUCUCUUCAUCGGCAAUCCUCGAUGGCCUGAAAUACAAAGGACGUUUGCACUAUUGAAUUUCAGAAAACGAGAUCUACCGCAUGCACAUAUUUUGUUGUGGUUGCAUAAUGAUGACAACGCCAAGACCCCAGAAAAAAUUGAUAGGAUUAUAUGUGCUGAAAUUCCUGAGGAAGAAAUCGACAGAAAUAUGUACCAGUUGGUGGAGAAGUAUAUGAUACAUGGACCGUACGGUCAGGAGAAUUUGAAAUCUCUCUGUAUGAAGGAUCGAGUUUGCACGAAGCGAUUUACCAAGCCAUUUGUGCAGCAAACUAAGUUAGAUGCAAAUGGUUAUACUGUGUACAGGAGAUGGGAAGAUGGCAGAACAGUUAUGAAGAAAAAGACUACUCUUGACAAUGAGUUUGUAGUUCCGUACAAUCGGGUAUUGUUGAGUAAAUACAGAGCUCACGUUAAUAUAGAGCUAUGCAACCAAAAAAAAAAGUCAAACAAAUACCUGUUCAAAUACAUCAACAAGAGCCAUGAUCGAGUUAUGGCGGCAUUUUAUGAAACACGCAAUACUGAUUGCGGUGCUGAGAUUCGUGGCGAGAUAAAGAUGUACUACGACUGCAGAUAUUUGCCGGCAUGUGAGGCAAUGUGGAGGCUGUUUAAUUUUGAUAUUCAUUACAGAGACCCAUAUAGCUAUGCGACCGAGAAAAAAAAGUCAAACAAAUACCUGUUCAAAUACAUCAACAAGAGCCAUGAUCGAGUUAUGGCGGCAUUUUAUGAAACACGCAAUACUGAUUGCGGUGCUGAGAUUCGUGGCGAGAUAAAGAUGUACUACGACUGCAGAUAUUUGCCGGCAUGUGAGGCAAUGUGGAGGCUGUUUAAUUUUGAUAUUCAUUACAGAGACCCAUAUGUAAUUAGGCUAAGCUUUCAUCUCCCCGAUCAUCAGCCGCUUGUCUUCAAUAAAAAUCAGUCAUUACAAAGUGUUCUGGACAAGCCAUCUUCCAAGCAAACGAUGCUCUUAGCGUGGUUUGAGGCGAACAAGAAUUAUCCACAUGCUAGGGACUUGAGAAUUACGGAGAUUUUCCACAGCAGUUUGUGUAUAAAGAGGAUUCUCGCACUUGGGCGCCAAGAAAAAAAAGAUUUUCUAUUGGUAGGAUUGUGA